AUGCCCUACGAUUAUUUUUGUCCGAUGGUAAAAUUGAGGCUAUCAAGUCGAACAUGCGAAACGUAUGGUCUUUAUCAUGCUUCCGUCAAGUCACUAAAUCGUCACAUCGAGAAGAUCCAUAAAAAAGUAAACACGCACACUGAUAGAAAAGUUAGACCUGUAAGAGUCGCUGCUCGUCGAGCUAAUGAACUGAUGUGCAUUAUUCAAAAUUUAGAGCACCAUGAUGUUGAAUGGCUCGAUGAGAACUACGUAGACAUUCCAAAAUCGAAUGAAAGUGAGCAGACUCAUAACACUGAGCAGCAAUCGAAGCAAUCCAAUGUCAUCGAAAACUUAGAGGGUUUCAUGGACUGA